AUGAUAACCAAGAUGCGGACGUCUAUUGUGAGGUCAUGUGCUGAGCUGAGCACCAACUCUUUCGGCAAUUACGUUAUUCAGCAUGUCAUAGUUUAUGGCACACAAGCAGACCGGAAGGCGAUAUACAGUUACGUUAUGGAGGACAUCACCGCUGCGUCGUGUCAUAAGUUUUCGACUAAUGUUGUUGACAAGUGUCUGCAGCACUUGACCAUGGUGGAGUUGGCCCACGUAAUUUCGGUAGUCUUGGGUGACUCGGGUGCUGAGGCCGCCUCUAUAGCGGCGUGGGGUGGCAGUGCGGGAGAGGCCGUGGCUCUGUCUGUUAUGCUGCGGGAUCGUUACGGAUGCGCCAUCGUCUCGAGGCUACUCGAAUUGGCACCGAGUGAGAUGAUUGAGCGAAGUCGGCUUGUGUGGAAGUUGAAGGAGCAGCUGCCAGCAUUAAGGAAGUCUUCCUUUGCUAAACAUUUGGUUGCCGCGGUGGAGUCGAUUCAUGCAGGAUCGUUGCCCCCGGUUCCAGGACAGUUCUCGAGACAAUCGUCUGCUCACUGA